UAACGGUCACUUCCUCUUCUCGAAAAUAAAAAAACCCUAGAGCCUCUUACAGGUAGGGUCCCGUCCCCAAUCCAAGCCCCAGCCUUCAAAUUUUAUGACCGUUUUGUCCCUUUCCUUCCCCCCCCUUUUGACCUUUUUCUCAAAGUUUCUAAAUUCUUUCUCACCAAACCCAACGGCCAUCGCUCUCUCUUUCUCUCUCGCUCUCUUCUUCUCUCACUCGCAGAGAUCAAAGAUGCAUUGGUUGCUUUGAAAACCGAGAACCCAAAUCACAGAAAGACCCAAUCUUUGAGAGAGAAGUAGAGAGAGAUUUGUAAUGGGUUGCUUUCUUGCAUGUUUUGGUUCUUCCAAAGAUAAAAGCCGCAGGAAUCAACAGAGGUACAGGGUUCAGCACCGAGAACAAAGAUAUACAAGUUUUGAGCCUGUUCAAUCUGCUGUCUCUUCUGUGCCGGUUUGGGAAAACCCCAUUAGCCCUGAAUUGAAAUAUGAAAAACCCAUCAGCCCGGAAUUGAAAUGUGAAAAACCCAUCAGCCCAGAAUUGAAGGAUGAAAAACCCAUCAGCGUGGAAUUGAAGGAAGAAAAACCCCGUAGCCCAGAAUUGGAAGAAGUUAGGGAUAAGCCGGUGGAUCAACUGAGCUUCAUUACUAGAAAGAAAGUUACUUUUGAUUCUAAUGUCCAAACCUAUGAGCAUGUUGCAAUCAACGAAUCCACGGAUCUUUUAUUCGAUAGUAAAGAGUGUCAGAAAGAGGAGGGGAAAACCUUGAAAGAAUCAAGCCAAUCCAAGACUUCGUCUGAAGAUGGUUCCAUCACUUCUAGCUCAGGGUCAUACCCUCCUAAUCAUAGGUACCAGAAUUGCAGGGACAGUGACGAUGAAGAUGAACCAUUAGACUAUGAUGAGGACAGUGAUCUCGAUGAUGAUGAUGAUGAUGAUGAUCUUGAGGAUGACACUGAUGAUAAUGGGGAACUAGAGUAUGAAGAUGAAAUUGUAGACUCGAAGAGAGGGACACAAGUAAUGGCUGAGGAUUCUGAUAGUGCAAUGCCGAAAAAGCCAACUGGGCUAAACUACAGUGCUCGUGAUAGGAGUGAUUAUGUUCAUGCUGUGCUUAACCCGGUUGAAAAUCUCACACAAUGGAAAGCUGUCAAAGCCAAAAAGACAACAGUAAUGAAGCCUCAGAAGGAGAAUUUCACCCCAGCUGAUGAACCCCGGAUUUCGUUCAGUUCAGAGCCAAUUUUUAAGGAAGUAUCGUCGAGUUUCAAAUCACUUAAGAGGCAACCUGGUCAGGCCAGGAAUUCUAACCAAGAAAUGGCAGUUGAUGCUAGCCUGUCAAAUUGGUUGGGUUCAUCAGAAUCUACACCUAUUAACAAGACUAGCACAAUAUCUCUGGACACUGCUACACCUGAGAAAAGCAUGUCCUACGGAUCACCACACUCGGCAACAAGCCACGAAGAUAGACCAAUUUUAGGUGCGUUAACAGUUGAAGAGCUGAGACAGUUUUCAGCUUCAUCUUCGCCGCGGAAGUCACCCAGUAGAAGCCCUGAUGAGAUGGCCAUAAUUGGGACUGUUGGGAGCUACUGGAAUGAUCACACUGGUCCUGCCAAGGGUUCUGGCGCCUCCUCUUACAAAGGAAUACCGAACACGACCAGCAAGUACAGAGAGGAUAGAAGAGUCAACUGGCACUCUACCCCAUUUGAGACACGGUUGGAAAGAGCUUUGAAUAGAGGUGCUGCAGAUGCUUACUCUUCUUCUCAUACGCCUCAUGGUUUGUGAGAUUGUUUUGUGAUUGUUGUUGUCUGUUCAUUGUGUCCAUUUUUUUUAAUUUUUUUUGUGUGAACUAGACCUUGCUAUGAGUUGUUUGUGAGAUAGUUGCUUGGGUAUUGUAAUAUUUAUAUGAAAUAUACACUGCUUGUAUCAUGAACCUACACUUCCUGGAUCAUUAGUCCUGAAAACAAUGUCAUUUUACUACA